GCACAGCCGUGCACGCCGAGCUGAGUCAGGUCACACGCGAGCUGCAGCAAGCAAAGGAGCAGGGCAACGCAGGCCAUGUGGAUGGCGAUGGUGAUGGCGAUGGUGAUGGUGAUGGUGGUGGUCGGCAGCAGACAUCGGCAGCAUCACCAGCAACAACCGCUUCAGCGGGCGCUGAUGCUGUGACUGCUUGCGCGAAGCCCGAACAGCAAGAGCAAGAGCAGAAGCAAGAGCAAGAGCAAGAGCAAGAGCAGGAGCAACAACAAAGAGAGGCCGAUGCAGAGCGGGUGGAUGUGAUGGAGGAGGGCGAGGGCGACUUGCGUGUGAUUGCAUUGGAGCACGACGGAGACCGCGUAUCCAUCAACAAGUUUCACCACGAGAAGCUUCGCCGCCUUUAUGCAAUCCACUCCAAACAACACGUGGACGGCUGCCGGUAUCACCAGCAGCAGGCGGCCGGCUCCUAUGACACCCAGGAGGCGGCAGCGUCGCCGUGUGAAUGCCCCGUUGACGAACAGCACUUUGCGCGGUGCUUGUAUGUGCUGGCUCGCCGCUACAAAACGUUUAUUGGCGAUGAGGCAGAGGGUGGCGCCUUCCACGCCGCUGCCCCUGAAACCACGUUUGAUACGCUCAGGGAGGACUUUGAAGUGUCGCAAGAGCAAUUUGCUUCUCCCUUUAACUGCCACUUCCGCAAGUUCUGCUCUGCGUUCCCUGACAUUGACGUGUGGUUUGGCUCUGUCGGCUCUUUCUUCGACUUCUCUCCCGUCGAGGGCUCCUUUGAGACGGGCCCGCCGUACACGGAAGAGGUGAUGGAUAUGAUGGCUGAUCGCCUUGAGCACCUGCUUGACAACAGCACCGGCCCGCUCUCCUUCAUCGUCUUUGUCCCACAGUGGCGCUCUCCGGCAUGCCACGCCCUCGUCUCCAUGGACAAUUCCCGGUAUCUCCGUGCACAUUUCGUUGCUCCAGGGCAUCAACACACCUACAUCACAGGCGUGCAGCAUACGGAAGGCGGCCAGGGCGGGCACCGCUACUACGUUGUUCCACAUGGCACGGAGCUGUUUUUCCUGCAGAACGAUGCGGCAUAUGCCAAGUGGCCGCCGACGCAGCACAAGAUCAACCGCUUCAAGGCGUCUCUCGGCAUCAAGGUGGACGCAGGGCCCUUCAAGUGCGAGCCCGACCUCGUGCCGCAGCGGCCAAAGACGAAGACAGCUGCCACUGUCAGCACUGGCCGUGCUGUUGUGGAUAAGGGGCGGCAUGACGAUCGUGACGAUGGUGACGGCGAUGGUGAUGAUGAUGAUGAUGAUGAUGAUGAUCACGGCGAUCAGCCCUCGAAGCGGGCCAAGCGCUCCACACAAUGACAUGUGUGUGUGUGUGUGUCUGUGUGUCUGUGUCUGUGUGUGUGUGUGUGUGUGUGUGUGUCUGUGUGUGUGUGUCUGUGUGUC